CUCCUCCCUGCUCCCUCCUCCGCACGACCCUCCCACCAAGCCGGGACUGGAAUCACGUGUCUCACAGCCAAGCUUCUCAACCAGCCAACACCGCCACAAAUCAAACAUACCCAGCACCGGUUUCCUUAGAGAGAGAGGGGGAGAAGAGCGAAAGAGAGGAAGAUGAGAAGCAGUGAGGUGUUCACGGGCACAGAGCCACUCCAUCACCAGAGAGUAACGAUGACGAGGGUUCAGUAGAGGACAAAUCCAAAAUGUCUCUGCAUACAGGAGGCUUUUGAUAAGCAUCUGAGAUGAGCGGCACACCGCUUCGGAGUCUCAUUCUCAAGCAGUCCGACUGGCAGUCACUGGGUCCGGGGGCGCACAGGCUUUCGGUCGCUCCAACUCAACCUCGGCUUGAAUAGAAGCGGAUCUUAUUUAAUUUUUUUUUUAGUCUUCGCCAUGAGGGUUGUGACAUCCAACUUGUUCGCGCUGCUCUUGCUGGGCGCGUUCGCGGGGGUUUUCUACGUGUGGAGCUCACUGGAGGACCGCUUGGAGCGACACAAACGAGGCUUCGCCGUGCCAGGAGCGGGGUCGUUCUACCCCAAACUCCCCGUGGAUCUUUCGGCUAAAACUUUCCGGACUCUGCUCGCUGUCCCGGCGGCGCACAGAACCCAACUCAAGGCUCACAACCUUAGUGAGUACCCAGCGGGAAGUCGCCAUGACAACGUGAAUAGGAAUCAGACGACUCCACAGGAAGGGUUUGUCAAGUUGGACCGCCCCGUGGAGGAUGGCAUAUUUUGGAGCGCAUGGCUGGAGGAUUUACUCCCGGUGGGCUUUACGGAGGAAUACGCCCAUGCUUGGCGAGACAAGGCGAGGGCGGCGCGGGUCGUGAAGCUGGAGCCAGGAUGCGGCAGGACUUCCAAUCAGCUCGCCACCUUUGCGGAUGGCUCCAAAGCGUGUGUGCGCUACGGGAUCAACGCGGAUCAGGUGCAAGGUGAAACUUUGACCUAUUACCUUGCUUGUUUACUGGGCAUCACCAAUGUGCCCCCACUAAUACUGUCCCAGCUAAACAGCUACAAUGAACAAUGGGUGGCGGUGAGGACGCGCCUCGGCGGACUACAAUGGAGCGACCACGCUGUGGUUUCUCUCACCGAGUGGGUCUCCAACCUAAGCGGGGUGGUCACGCCUGCUCCGCUACGCCAGGAAAGCAGCGGGCUGCAUCCCGAGCUGCUAAACAAGACAACGGCGGAGCUUGUGGAUCUCAUGCAGUGGAGCGACCUGAUCAUAUUCGACUACAUGACGGCCAACUUUGACCGGCUAGUGAGCAAUCUGUUCAGCCUGCAGUGGGACGCGCGCGUCAUGGAAAGGGACACGAACAAUCUCCUGAAAACGCCGCGCGGAGAUCUCGUUUUUAUCGAUAACGAAGCGGGGUUAGUGCACGGCUUCCGGGUGUUGAACAUGUGGGAGCAAUAUCACCAGACGGUGUUGAGCUCCGUGUGCGUGUUCAGGAAGAGGACCGCGCAGCGCGUGGCGGAGCUCCACCAGCGCAGAGACUCAAGGAUAAGGUUGCUGCAGCUCUACAGAGACAGCGAGCCUUUGUCAGCCAAGCUGGGCUUCCUUUCAGACGAGCACGCCGCUGUCCUCCAGGACAGGAUAGACAGAGUAUACAAACACAUUCUACAUUGCAAAGAGAAGUACGGCCAGCUAUGAGCAGCCACGAUGGGGUCUGCGGCCCAAAGAUGCAAAGAUGACAGCUUUGUCUCGAAUAUCCAAGUGAACUACCUACCUCUUAUGGAUAAAAUGUGACGCCUACUUUAUAACUAUUUGUGCGAGCUUAAUCCCUGCUGAUUCAUCUCACACCGUGAAUCCCACUUGGUACACUCAUUUGACUCGAACCACAUGUAAAGAUUAUAAAGUGACUGCAUGGGGUAACAUAUAACCCCUGUUUGGAUUAUUGCCGUAUGGUCUUUAAUCUAGAUAUGAUAAACUCCCACGCCUUACUGUUUACAGUUCAAUAUUUAAUACUUUAUUUCUGUGAACAUAUGGUCGAUUUUCUAGAAAAUCUUUUUGCACAGUUAGUUGCCGGACAGGCAACGUGGCACCUGCAUUUUUCUUUUUAUUCAGCCUUAAAAGUGUAGCAUUUCAAUUGUACAUUGUGUAAAUAUUGCUGACCAACUUGUUUUGGCAAGUCAGAGGUCCGCUAAUUGAAUGUGCAUUGUAACAUUCCAAACUAUCUUGUCCCUUUUCUUUUUUGAAAUAUACACUAAUUUAUGUUGAAA